AUGUCCCAUAACCUCCAGGGAGUCUUCCUGAAAGCCGCCGAGGAGAAGCCAGGCAGCGCCUCGCCCUGUGUUUCAGGCUGCAUGUACCAAGUAGUUCAGACGAUUGGCUCGGAUGGAAAAAAUCUCCUGCAAUUACUUCCAAUUCCUAAUUUCUCUGGAAAUCUUGUACCACUAGUUCAAUCUUCAGUUAUGUCUGAUGCUUUGAAAGGGAAUACAGGAAGCCCAGUUCAAGUUACUUUUCAGACUCAGAUUUCCAGCUCUUCCACAAGUUCAUCAACAGCUCAAUUGCCCAUUUUUCAGCCAGCCAGUUCUCCAAACUAUUUACUUACAAGAACAGUAGAUACAGCAGAAAAAGUUAGAGUUACUACUGUGGGAACUGAGACUUUUACCUCAUCAAUUUCUAAAGUUCAGAGUCAUGGUGUGAAAAUUGAUGGACUCCCCAUGCAAACAUUGGCUGUUACUUCCUCCUCAACACAAAAAGAUUCAUCUUAUAUUUUAGUAAAUACUCAGAGCCUUCCAAUGACUGUGAAACCUCCAGUUUUGCCUUCUGGGCAUCAUUUACAGAUUCCAGCCCAUGCUGAAGUGAAAUCUGUACCAGCGACAUCAUUACCUCCUUCAGUUCAGCAAAAGAUACUUCCAACUGCAACCACAAGCUCCUCAGGAACAGUUGAGGCCUCCCAAAUACCUUCUGUUAUUUACGUAUCUCCUGUAAAAACAGUGAAAAAUGUAGCUACCAAGAACUUGCAACACAUUUAUCCAAAACCUGUUACUGAAAUAGCCAAGCCAGUGAUACUAAAUGCCACACAAAUUCCAAUGAAUGUUGCACCAGAGACACAAUUAAAAGGUGGUCAGCAUUCUCAAGCUGCUCCAGUGAAAUGGAUUUUUCAAGAAAAUCGACAGCCUUGUACUCCAUCUCUUGUUCCUGUUAAGUCUUCAAAUAAUGUGGCUUCACAGAUUUUAAAAAGUUUUGUAGAAAAGAAAAGUGUGGGAGGUAAUACUAUAAAGAUGCCACAUUUGAGUACCAGCAGUCCUGGUGGGGCACAGUCCAAAAGUGUGCCUAUUAAAGAUAACGCGUUGGUUAUGUGUAAUGGGAAAAUCUAUCUGUUGGCUAAAAAGGGGACAGAUGUUUUGUCAUCACAAAUUGAUCAUCAGAAUUCUGUUUCUCCUGAUGUUCCACCAAGGAAAGAUAUAUCACAGAUAGUGAGUUCAAGUCCAGUAACAGAACUAUCCAGAGAGGUGGUAAACUUUGUUUUGGCUAAAAACAAAUCUUCCCAGAUGGAGACAAAAUCAUUUUCAAAUACCCAGCCUGCUUCCAUGGCCAAUCUAAGGGCAGAGAAGAAUAAAAAAGUGGAGACACCAUCUCUUUCUAUCCUACACCCAAAUAAUAUGAACCCAUCCAUUAACUACUUAAAACAGAGUAAGACUUUAUUCCUAAAGGCAGACUUUCCACAUGGACUUAGUACAGGACAAAAUGCCCCCCCAAAAGAAAAUAUCAUCCAAAGCAUAGAGAAAAUAAAUUCCUCUGUUGGUGCAACAAGUAUUACUUCACAACAGUGUGUUUUCAGAGACCAAGAACCAAAGAUCCAGAAUGAGAUGGCAUCAACAUUACAAAAAGAUGCUCAAGAAAGAAAUGACAAGAAAAAUUCUCAAGGGAGCAGCAGUAGGACACAUCUGAAGACUGAUGCUGAAUUUAAAAAGCUGUUUGGUCUCACUAAAGAUUUGAGAAUAAGACUUACUCGGAUUCCUGACCAUUUGGGUGCUGGAGAUUUUGAUUCCUUUAGGAAUUUGGUGAAGAGUGACAAAGAGACAAAGUUUACAGUGAAGGAGGAAGAGAAAAAACAGUACUCAGCAUUGCAACAGGGUUUUGAUAAGAAAAGAAAAGCAAAAACUGUGAAGAAGAUGGAUCGUGCAAAGAAGAGAAAAAUCGAGAGUGCUUAUAACACAGCUAUAAAUGGAGGAAUUAGCUGUAUUUUACCAACUUCAGAUGUAUCACAUCAUAAUAUUAUCACAAAUUGCAAUAAAACCAGAGAAGAAAGAACUGAAGUAGAACACUGUACCCGUGAAAACCAGGAGAAAGUUGCUUUGAGUUCACAUGCGGAUUUUGGACAAAGCCAUUCCUUUACCAGAAAUUAUACUGAAGAUAUUUUUCCCAUGAGACCACCAGAGUUAGAAGAAACCAUUCGAGAUGAAAAAAUAAGAAGACUUAAACAGAUGCUGAGAGAGAAAGAAGCAGCCCUUGAAGAAAUGCGUAAGAAGAUGCACCAAAAAUAA